CACAACUGCUUCUCUCUCAUUUCUGUAACACACAGCAGUGUGCUCGGACAGGUGCCUUCAUGUCAAUUUGCCAACAUCUGUAUAUUCUUCUGGAAGAAACUUCUGCAGGCUUGAUCAGUGGGGCUGGACAUAAAGGAAGAUGCUCCAACAUCUGAAGCACUCACAUGAGAGGCAGACAACUGGAGUAAAGGCCUGUUGCGCUGGUAAUCAACACACUCAGCCGCACUGAGAGGCUGAAGAGCUGUACUUUCAAAGGACCUCUAUUGUCUUUAUUGUGAAAGUAUAAACAGAGGCUUUUCUUCUUCCUUUUUUUGACUAAGCAAAGGUGAAAGUUCUUUUUACCCUUCAUUUUGAAAUCGGAGGAAUUUUCUGAUUGUGAGUUUGAUUUUAAGUUCUCAUCCUCAUUGAGAGCUUCUUCACAAUCACUUGAACCAUCCUGGACACCGUUUUUGGUUUGAAAGGUAUCCAUGCUCUCUGACAGCAUGUGCUAAAAAGACUCCAUGUGCUUCCACCUACACUGGAUCUGAGUGACUACAAAACUUCAAACAGUGGAUUUUUACCUGUGGAUUGCAGAGAGGUUUGUCUGGGUUCCUCCAGAGUUUGGACUUUUGGAAUUGUUAGUGGUUGAUCCAGAAAGAGUUCAGUAUCCUGGAAUUCCUAAGGAAAGUUGUGAUGGGUAACGCAGCCGGCGGGUUGGAGCAGGUGGAUGGGCCGGAGGCCAAAGGCUCAACAGGAGGGUCAAACACUGCUCCCUCCACACCCAAAAAGAAAUGUGCCCCUGUGAAACUACCCAUGCCUCCUGAGGAAGAGCUCGAAGAACGCUUCAGUGUGGUUUUGAGCUCCAUGAAUCUGCCUCCUGACAAGAUGAAGCUUCUGAGUCAGUAUGACAAUGAGAAGAAAUGGGAGCUGGUCUGCGAUCAGGAGCGGUUUCAGGUGAAAAACCCUCCCUCUGCUUAUCUGACUAAAAUCAAGAGCUUCUACCAGGACCAGGGUGGAGUAGCACGCAGGUUCAAGAAACGUGUGCAGGAGUCAACUCAAGUCCUGAGAGAGCUGGAGAUCUCGCUGAGAACCAAUCACAUUGGGUGGGCUCAGGAGUUUCUGAACGAGGAAAACCAAGGCUUGGAUGUCCUGGUGGACUACUUGUCAUAUGCUCAAAGUGAUGCGCCGUUCGAGGUGGAAUCUGUGGAAAACGGUGGAUCUGUAUCAGACAACAGGAGGUUGUCAGAGAGAUCAGUGGAGGAUCUAGCCAAAAAUAUUAACCAUUCUUCCACACUCGGCAUGACCAGAGCGGCACGUGCACUCACGGUCCGAAUAAGUAACUUGACCCAUGGCAGAAAAACGAUGCGAAAUGCCCGAUUGGCCACCCAAAGAGAUGACGUUCACCUCUGCAUUAUGUGCCUGCGUGCUAUCAUGAAUUAUCAGUCUGGGUUCAAUUUAGUCAUGACUCACCCCAGAUGUGUCAAUGAAAUUACACUCAGCCUCAACAACAAAAACCCCAGGACUAAAGCUCUUGUGCUGGAGCUGUUGGCUGCAGUGUGUCUGGUUAGAGGAGGACAUGACAUCAUCAUCUCGGCCUUUGACAACUUUAAAGAAGUGAGUGGAGAGAAGAACCGCUUUGAGAAGCUAAUGGAGUACUUCAUGAAUGACGACAGCAAUAUAGACUUCAUGGUGGCUUGCAUGCAGUUCAUAAACAUUGUGGUUCACUCAGUGGAGAACAUGAAUUUCCGUGUGCAUCUUCAGUAUGAGUUCACCCAGCUGGGUCUCGACCAGUACUUAGAGUCCUUAAAGGAGAUGGAAAGUGAGAAGCUGCAAGUACAGAUCCAGGCGUACUUGGAUAAUGUGUUUGAUGUUGGAGCUCUGCUGGAGGAUGCAGAAAAUAAAGGGGAAAUAAUGGAGCAUUUAACAGAACUGCAGGAGACCAAUGCACAGCUGAAUGCCAGAUUGCAGGAAUAUGAGAAUGGAGCACUGGAAAAAAUGGCAGAACUAGAGCAACAACUAAUGCAGGCCACUAAAGAGUCAGCGCUGCUUAAGGAGAGUUUGCGAGAGUCCUGUGCCCAAGUGAGCACUUUGCAGCAGAGAGAACGAGAACGAGAGAUUCAGAGAGAGAGAGAACGAGAGCAGGAGCGUCUGUCGCAGCCCUCACAGGUAGACAGAGAAAGAAAGAGAGACGCGAGUGAAAAGGAGUCCAAACUGGAGGUGAAGCUGAAGGAACUGGAGGAGAAAGGCUUAGUCCGACUGGAGCGCACAGCCUCUGGAAGCUUGGACAUCGAAGUGAUUCCAGUCACCGUAGAGAAAAUUGUCACUCAAACAGUGACUGUGUCAGAUCCAGCUUCUCAAGCACCGUCCCCUCCAGCCACAGCACCGCCUCCACCUCCACCUCCUCCUCCUCCUCCACCUGGAGCUGCAGCGCCCCCUCCACCUCCUCCACCACCUCCUCCUCCUGGAAGUGGAGGUAUUCCACCUCCCCCUCCUCCUCCUCCUCCUCCUCCUCCUGGUGGAGGUCCUCCACCACCCCCGCCCCCACCUGGCUAUGGACCACCACCCCCUCCAGGAGCUCCUCCUGCCCCUGGGGCUGAAACAGGACCAAAGGGACGUAAACCAGUUCAACCAAAGUUUAAGAUGCCUCUGUUGAACUGGCAGGCUUUGAAGCCCAAUCAAGUGACGGGAACGGUGUUUAGCGAGCUGAAUGAUGAGCAACUGUUAGGGGAGCUGAAUAUGGAUGUAUUUGCAGAGCAGUUUAGAACCAAGGCUCAAGGUCCUCCAACAGAUCUUUCUAAGCUCAAGGUUAAGGUGGCUGAGAAGGCACCUAGUAAGGUGUCCAUGCUGGAGGCAAACAAAGCCAAAAACCUUGCUAUCACCCUCCGCAAGGGAGGCAUGAGCCCCAACGACAUCUGCACAGCCAUUGAGAGAUAUGAUCAGCAGUCUCUGAGUCUGGACUUUCUGGAGCUUCUGGAACGUUUUAUCCCAUCGGAGUAUGAGAUGAAGCUACUGCAGAACUACGAGAAGGAAGGGCGGCCACUAGAGGACCUGAGCGAGGAGGACCGAUUCAUGAGCCGCUUUGGUAAAAUCCCACGCCUUGCUCAGCGGAUCAACACCCUCACUUUCAUGGGCAACUUCCCAGAGUGCAUGAAACGUCUGCAGCCGCAAAUAGAUGCGAUCAUUGCAGCUUCCGUGUCCCUCAAGUCUUCAUCAAAGCUGAAGAAGAUGUUAGAGAUCAUCUUGGCUUUUGGGAACUACAUGAACAGCAGUAAAAGAGGAGCAGCGUAUGGGUUCCGUCUGCAGAGCCUUGACCUGCUGUUGGACACUAAGUCCACAGACCGCACACAGACUUUGAUGCACUUCAUUGCGAAUAUGGUGCAGGAGAAAUACCCCGAGCUUGCCUCCUUCCACACUGAACUCCGCUUUUUAGACAAGGCUGCUCUGGUGUCUUUGGACAGUGUGCUCCAGGAUGUGAGAUCUCUGGAGAGAGGGAUGGAAGGGACCAAGAAGGAGUUCCUGGUGCAGGACGACAUCCCGACGCUGAAAGAGUUUGUUAAAGCCAACAGUGACGUAUUAGACUCGCUUGUUAAAGAUGGCAAGACAGCACAGGAGGCAUACAUGUCUGUAGUGGAGUACUACGGAGAGAAUCCGAAGACGACACAGCCUUCCAUGUUUUUCCCAUUCUUCGUCAGGUUUAUCAAAGCUUAUAAACAAGCAGAACAAGACAAUGAACAGAAGAAGAAACAAGAGCUUGCAGCAGAAGAACAGGCAACCCCUUCCCCAAAGAAGAAAGAUAGCACUCCUCAAAAGGGUCCCAUGAUGCCCAAAAUGCCUCAGAUGGACCUGAUUGCAGAGCUGAAGAAAAGACAGGUGAAGCCUCAAGUCACAGACGGGGCCAUCGAGGGCAUUAUAACAGAUUUGAGAAAUUCACCCUACAGAAGAGGUGAUGGUCGGAGAGCAAAUCCACGACAAGACAACUGAGGGUUACCUACAGAGACUUCUCUCCUUCCCACCGGACACUUCUGUACUUAACACCUGGUCUUAUUCUUUAUAUACGUAUUAAAACAUUUUCAAUCUGUACAGUGAUACAGAAAAUGACUGCCAAACAUACACAACAACAGAUGCUGUACACAAACAAAGAGUCACACUAACAGACACCCAUCAUCACACACGCUUGCAUAUAUGCUGAUACACGUAACCCUUUGAGAAUGUUUAAAAUAAUUGUACAUAAGGCACAAAAAGGAUUUUUGUACCAUCGCAUAUGCUCCUGAAUAUGUAAGCAAUUCCUUGAGCUUCAAUUUUCACGUUUUGCUGUGUUUAUAUUGCUAAAGAAAUUGUAAAAAGUGCUCAUAGAUGAAGGCACUUUUAAUACAGCCUGAUAAUAAAUAAUACAGAUGAUAAGAAUUCUUAGAUAUUUGAAUAAAACAGUGAAAACAUUGUA